AUGGCGAUGCUCAUAGGUUUUCUUGAAAUCUUCAUAACAUUCGUUUUCUUCCUCGUCUUACAAUGUUUUUUGCUCCACAAGAAAACUCACAAGCCUUUGCUUACUAACUGGCCGGUCCUUGGGAUGCUUCCGGGUCUACUCCUCCAAGUCCAUCGUAUCUACGACGUUAUCGCCGAGGUACUUGAGGCGAGCGAUAUGACAUUUUGUUUCAAAGGGCCGUGGCUUAGUGGAACGGACAUAUUGCUCACCGCUGAUCCGACGAAUAUCCACUACAUUCUAUGUUCAAAUUUCGUUAAUUAUCCCAAAGGGAUGGAGUUUAAGAAGAUCUUUGAAGUCUUGGGAGAUGCGAUUUUCAACGUUGACUCGGAGUUGUGGGAGGAUAUGAGGAACUCGUCUCAUGCCAUCUUUAGCCAUCAAGAGUUCCAAAAGUUUUCGGUGAAUACAAGCAUAAGCAAGUUAAAGCAAGGGCUUGUUCCUAUUCUUGAGAACGCUGCCAAGGAAAACAUCCUAGUCGACUUGCAAGAUUUGUUCCAAAGAUUCUUGUUCGAUACAUCUUCUAUUUUGAUGACCGGGUAUGAUCCAAAAUGUCUCUCCAUCGAAAUGCCUAAGGUUGAGUUCGGUGACGCGGUUGAUGGUGUUGCAGACGGGAUUUUUUAUAGGCAUGUCAAGCCGGCUUUCUUGUGGAAGCUCCAAUAUUGGCUUGGUGUAGGAGUUGAGAAGAAGAUGAGAAGCGGUUUCGCGAUUUUCGACCAAUUGCUCGAGAAGAUCAUAUCGGCUAAAAGAGAGGAGAUAAAAAGUCAUGGUACUCAUGAUCAAGACUCAAAAGGAGAGGUGGCCAUGGACGUUUUAACAUAUUACAUGACUGUGGACACGGUCAAAUAUAAGCACUUGAAACCGAGUAACGACAAAUUUAUCAGAGACGCUAUUUUGGGUUUCUUGAUCGCAGGAAGAGACACAACAAGCUCAGCUCUCACUUGGUUCUUCUGGCUUCUCUCAAAAAAUCCUGAAGCAGUGACAAAGAUCCGACAAGAGAUUAACAAGAAGAUGCCAAACUUUGAUCCAGCGGAUUUAGACAAGCUUGUGUAUCUACACGGUGCCGUGUGUGAGACGCUAAGGCUAUACCCACCAGUUCCAUUUAACCACAAGUCACCGGUAAAACCAGACGUGCUUCCAAGUGGGCAUAGAGUCGAUGAGAAUUGGAAGAUAGUAAUCUCUAUUUAUGCAGCAGGGAGGAUGAGAUCUAUUUGGGGAGAUGACGGUGAAGAUUUCAGACCAGAAAGAUGGAUUUCAGAUAGUGGAAAGUUGAGACAUGAGCCUUCGUAUAAGUUCUUGGCUUUUAACGCUGGUCCAAGAACUUGCUUGGGAAAAAAGUUAACUUUCUUGCAGAUGAAGACAGUGGCCGUGAAAAUCAUACGAAACUAUGACAUCAAGGUUGUUGAAGGGCACAAAACCGAACCAGUUCCUUCUGUUCUUCUUCGCAUGCAACAUGGUCUCACAGUUAGUGUCACUAAGAUCUGA